AUGUCGUCCCCACGGCAAGGAUGGAGUUGUGUUUGGAAAGCGUGGCGGCAGUCCAGCGUGGGAUCAUUCAAGACACUGCCGUAUCGCCAGACAAGAACACUUCAUGCUCAAACUCAGGAAUAUCUCCAGUCCAACCAGCCCGACUUUACCGAGUCGCAGCGCACAGUCCGGGAAAGUAUCGCCAAAAUAUGUUCAAAGUACCCUGAUGAGUACUGGCUUGAGAAGGAUAACUCGAAGGAGUUCCCGACGGAUCUUCACGCCGAUUUUGCUCGCGACGGGUGGCUGGGCAUUUGCAUACCGGAAAAGUAUGGGGGUGCUGCACUAGGCAUCUCUGAAGCUGCCGUGAUGAUGCAGACGGUGUCGGAGUGUGGAGGAGGGAUGACAGCCGCAUCGUCAAUUCACAUGAACAUCUUUGGGCUAGAGCCCGUGGUCAAGUUUGGCACCGAAGAGCAAAAGCAGCGAUGGUUGACUCCGCUUGUCGGUGGAACAGAAAGAGCCUGUUUUGGGGUCACGGAGCCAAAUACGGGGCUUGAUACCCUCAAAUUACAGUCCAUGGCUACUCCUGACGGCGAUGGCAACUAUAUUCUAAACGGCUCCAAGAUAUGGACCUCAACCGCGCAGAUUGCGCAAAAGAUCCUCAUCCUCGUUCGGACGACACCGUUGAAUAAGGUCGACAAACCUAGCCGAGGACUGUCGUUGUUCUAUACAGAUCUUGAUCGCUCGAAAGUCCAGGUUACCAGGAUCCCGAAACUAGGCAGAGCAGCAGUCGACUCUAAUGUCUUGUUCUUCGAAAACUGGAAGGUGAACGCAGCCGAUAGGAUAGGCAAAGAAGGAGAUGGCUUCAAGAUGAUAAUGCACGGUAUGAAUGCUGAGCGUAUCCUAGUUGCAGCAGAGGCCUUGGGACUCGGAUAUGCAGCGCUCCGCCGAGCAAGCAAGUACGCCACAGAGAGAGUCGUAUUCGAACGGCCCAUAGGUCAGAACCAGGGUAUCCAGCACCCACUGGCCGACUCUUGGGUGCAGCUCGAGAGUGCGAGGUUAAUGGUCUACCUUGCUGCUCGAAUGUACGAUCAAGGGUUCGAGACUGGGGAGUAUGCGAAUGCUGCAAAGUAUUUGGCAUCCGAGGCGGCAUUCACCGCAUGCGAGCGCGCAGUGUUGGCCCAUGGUGGGAUGGGCUAUGCAAAAGAGUACCACGUGGAGCGUUACUUACGGGAGGCGAUGCUGCCCCGUCUUGCCCCCGUGAGCAAGGAGAUGAUCUUGAACUACAUUGGGGAGAGGGUUUUGCAACUUCCAAAAAGCUACUGA